CAGGUCUUACUCGGUAUCGAAACGAGGCUGAAUCACGUCCCAUACACGGACACACACGCACACACACACACACACACACUUACACACACACACCACACACACUUACACACACACACACCACCCUCCACCCCCACGGCCCGAGGCUAGCUGCGAAUGGUUCGCCCGAAGCCUCGCCUCUACUCUAUACGCUUUACUUAGUUGAAUUCAUCCACUGAGAUUUCGUCCAUCCCAUCUCGCUUGCCCUUAGACAUGUUUCGUGUUAUGGCAUCAUCGCGUAUGCCACCAUUCUAACUCCCUCCUCCAUGUUGUGCUCAGAUGCCAAAAUGGUCGAUCUUGAAGAUAAACCUUUGGAGGCUCAGGUCAAGCGGACGAGACAGGAAACCAACAACUCCGACGUCACUUCCGGCGAAUACGUCACUUCCGUCAGAUAAAGUUCAGGAAAAAUACGAUUAAUAUAAACAAACAAACAUACUUUUCAUGGUAGAAGUUGAAGAAAUCGCAGUUUCGGAAGACAUUUUAAAGAUAAAAAAUACAAUUCAGGAUAGUCCGAGCCCCGAUCUGUCGCAAGGAGAAGAGAGUGGUCAAUCAUCUCCACCCUCCUUGUCCGAAGGGUCUCCAGACCUCACGCCUACCCUCGCUACAAAUGGUGGCCUAGGGUCUAUGGCAAGCACCAAUAACUCCCCAUCUUAUAGCGGACCAUCUUCAUGGGGUAUGUGUACAGCUUCCCCAAUUAAAGGAACCGGCAGUUCAGAUAUUGAUCAGAUAAACAACUUUUAUUCCAAUUCCGAAGUCCUGCCGACAUUCGCAGGUGAACUGACUGCAGCCAAAGCUGCUGUUUUGGAUUAUCAAAAUACAUCCCCAUACACAGCUUACUAUAACAGCCCUAUGCAAGCUUAUCCAUUAUUACCGACCCAAUCACCUAGUUAUUCUUUGUCGGCCACUUCGGGUUACUAUGGCAACCAGACCAGUCAAGCGUCACAUUACGGCAUCCUUCCUCAAACGCAUCCCAUCCCAGUUUCGAGAUCGUUGUCCCCUCAGACCAAAGAGAAUGGAAAUAAUUUAACACAAACAUACCACAACCCUUAUAGUUCUGCUUUUCCGACUGGAAAUGGUCUCCAAUCCGGACAAUCCCAUUAUAGUUUCACCAAUACGUAUCCAGGAACAACAUAUGGAAGUAGUCCUUCUAACCCUCAGGCCUUCGCUUCGACACAGGGGUUCGAUUAUAAUUCAUACAGCACGUUCAGUCAAACGGGAUAUCCUUACUAUGCGGCGCAAGGUUAUAAUACCUAUUCGGUCAACAACACAUCACCCGUUGGAGUUGUAGAAGCACCCCAAGUUGCUACCACAUCCAGCUACCAAUUGACGCAAUUAAAUGUUCCAAUAAGUGAUUCAGUAACAGAUAGCCCGCAUUAUAACCAAGUGAGUACAAGCCCGUCUCCACCUCUGAAAAUGGAAGUGACUAAUGGAUCUACAAAGAAAAGUAAUCGCUGUGUUCGUGGAAGAGGCAGGAAACAAAAUAAUCCUUCUCCCGAUCCCGAAAAUAAAUUAGAAAGGGUAUUCAUUUGGGAUUUAGAUGAAACUAUUAUCGUGUUUCAUUCGCUCCUGACAGGAACAUACGCUAACAGAUACUGUAAGGAUGGUCCUACUUCUAUGUCGCUUGGUUUACGAAUGGAAGAAAUGAUAUUUAAUUUUGCUGACAUUCAUUUCUUUUUCAACGAUUUAGAGGAAUGCGAUCAAGUUCACAUUGAUGAUGUCUCUUCGGAUGAUAACGGACAAGACCUCAGCAAUUAUAAUUUCCAAACUGACGGCUUUCAUGCAUCUGCCAAUAAUGCAAGUCUAUGUUUAGCAACUGGCGUCAGAGGGGGAGUGGAUUGGACAAGAAAACUUGCUUUUCGGUAUCGUCGAAUUAAAGACAUUUAUAAUCAAUACUGCAACAGCAUCGGAGGUUUGUUGGGACCGAAACGGGAACAGUGGUUACAAUUACGUUCAGAAAUCGAAACGCUUACCGACAACUGGCAAACUCUAGCAUUAAAAUGUCUCUCCCUCAUUCAUUCCAGGUCAAAUUGCGUCAAUGUUUUGGUAACAACCACUCAGCUGGUUCCUGCACUAGCGAAGGUGUUGCUAUACGGCAUGGCUGGUGUGCUCCACGUUGAAAACGUCUACAGCGCCACUAAAAUCGGCAAAGAAAGUUGUUUCGAGAGGAUAGUAACAAGAUUCGGUAGAAAAUGCACCUAUGUGGUGAUAGGCGAUGGGAGAGACGAAGAACUGGCAGCUAAGCAAAUGAACUUUCCUUUUUGGCGAGUCAGCAGCCAUUCGGAUUUGGCUGCACUUCAUCACGCUUUGGAUUUGGGUCAUCUCUGAGGCGAAAGAAUCUCUUGCAUAUUAAGUCACUCCAUUCCAGCUACUUGAACCCUGGCAUCGAGGGAACCAAAAGCUAUCCGGAUUGUGUUUUAAGACUGUGGUGUGGAAAAACAGUCCUUUUUAUCUUCUUUAUCUUUAUUUCUUUCGACACAUCCGAUAGACUUUGAGGGACUUUCAGGAAAAUAAAAAUAAUAAAUAAAAUAAAAAUUAUACGUCUGGUCCCGUGGUGCCUUCAGUCGCCUCUACCAAUCCGAAAACCAUCAUGUGAAAUAUAUAAAAAUAAAAAUAAAAAACUGACUUCUUAUUUUCGUAAUGAUGUAUAUGGAUUAGAUGAAAGUGAGAUUCUUCCCCCUUUCGUCACGUAAAAUGUUACAGAGUAACUUUUGAGAGUAUUCUUCUCUGCAAAUCUGGUGCCAACUCAAAGUAAAUAAGUCCUGUUACGAGUUAAUGAUAAUAAAAAAUAAAUAUCAUUCGUUUAUUAAGUGCGGUAUUAAUAUACAUCCCUCCGCACUUCGAGAUAAAAAGUAUGGGUGCCACAAAAGAUCCGUUGCAAAGUGCUUCUGUUUUGAACAAAUAAACAGUUAUUUCUCUGUUGU